GUAUUUAUAUAUAUGUAUCAGUAUUCAUUGCAUCAUUCUAGUAUCCUGGUUAGUGGUAAAUCCUUUAUACUACUAGAAUGAGAGAACCAACAGCACUAUGUCGAACCUCCUUCACCUGCGAUUGGACAUACGACGUGUUCCUGAGCUUCAGAGGGGUGGACACCCGCAAGAGCUUCACGGGUAAUCUCUACAACUCUCUCUGCCAAAAGGGUAUCCAAACCUUCAUAGACGAAGGACUCAACAGAGGAGAAGAGAUCAUGCCAGCUCUUGGGCAAGCCAUUAGAGAGUCAAGGAUCUUCAUUGCUGUCUUCUCUGAGAACUAUGCCUCCUCAACGCACUGUUUGAACGAGCUUGUUACCAUCAUGGAGUGCUUGGAGGAACGGGGAGGACGCUUGUUUUGGCCGGUGUUCUAUGGAGUGGAUCCGUCGCAGGUUAGAUACCAAAGUGGGAGUUAUGCAGAAGCUUUGGAAAACCAUGAGAAUGAUGACAAGGUCAUGAAAUGGAGAGAGGCUUUGUCUCGAGCUGCUAAUAUGGCUGGCUGGCAUUUCCAACAUGGAUCACAAUCAGAAUCCAAGUUUAUUAACAAGAUUGUUAAAGAGGUAUCUAAACGGAUCAAUCGCAGUCUUCUACAUGUAGCUGACAACCCAGUUGGCCUUGAGUCUCCAGUGCUGCAAGUGACAUCUCUCCUCGGACAAGGCUCUGAAGAAGGAGUUAGCAUGGUGGGCAUUUACGGCACCGGUGGAAUAGGUAAAUCAUCAAUUGCUCGUGCUGUGUGCAACUUGCUAGCUUUUCAGUUUGAAGGUUUGUGUUUUCUUUCCAACAUAAGAGAAAGGGCCAACAACCACGAUCUUGCACAACUUCAAGAAACAUUACUUGCUGAAACACUUGGGGAGAAAGAUAUCAAAGUGGGGGAUGUUAACAGAGGAAUUCCAAUAAUAAAAAAGAGGCUCCACGGUAAAAAGAUCCUUUUGAUUCUUGAUGAUGUUGACAAGGUGAAGCAGUUAAAGGUACUUGCAGGGGGGCGUGAUUGGUUUGGCUCUGGCAGCAAGGUCAUAAUCACAACAAGAGACAAGCAUUUGUUGUGCACUCAUGGGGUUGUUAAAUCAUAUGAAGUUAAAGAGUUGAAUGAUGAAAAAGCCCUUGAAUUGUUUAGUUGGCAUGCCUUCAGAAGUAACAAAAUUGAUCCGGGUUAUGCACAUGUUUCAAAACGGGCAAUUUCCUAUGCUCAUGGUCUUCCAUUGGCUUUGGAGGUAAUAGGUUCUCACUUGUUUGGCAAAAGUUUACAUGUGUGGACAUCUGCAUUAGAUAAAUAUGAAAGAAUCAUUCAUAAAGAGAUCCAUGAAACACUUAAAGUUAGCUAUGAUAACUUGGAAGAAGAAGAGAAGGGAAUUUUUCUCGACAUUGCUUGUUUCUUCAAUUCUUUCGAGAUUGGCAAUGUCAAAGAAAUGCUAAACUUGCAUGGUUUUCAUGCGGAAAAUGGUAUUCAGGUGCUGACUGACAAAUCUCUCAUGAAAAUUGAUGGCAAUGGCUGUGUGAGAAUGCAUGAUCUAAUUCAAGAUAUGGGAAGAGAAAUUGUGAGGCAGGAAUCAUCUGAGCCUGGCAGACGCAGUAGAUUGUGGUUUAACCAGGAUAUUGUUCAUGUUUUGGAGGAAAAUACGGGAACUGAUGCAAUUGAAGUCAUAGUCCUGGACUUGAGUAAAGACAAAAAAGUGCAGUGGAGCGGAAAAGCUUUCAGCCAGAUGAAAAACUUGAAAAUUCUCAUAAUCAGAAAUGCACACUUUACUAGAGGCCCUAAAAAUCUGCCUAAUAGUCUGAGAGUGCUAUACUGGAGUGGAUAUCCAUCACCAUCAUUACCAUCUAACUUUAAUCCCAAGAAUCUUGUUAUUCUCAGCCUGCCUGAAAGUUGCCUUAAGUCAUUCAAAUCACUCAAGGUGUUUGAGUCAUUGAGCUCACUGGAUUUUGAAGGCUGCAAGUUCUUAACUGAACUGCCUAGCUUAUCUGGAGUACCAAAUUUGACGAUAUUGUCUCUUAAUAACUGCACUGAUUUAAUUAGAAUUCAUAGUUCAGUUGGAUUUCUUGAUAAACUUAAGUUAUUGAGAGCUCAAGGAUGCACCCAGCUAGAAAUUUUGGUACCAUUCAUCUACUUGACAUCUCUAGAGACUCUAGAUCUGAGGGAUUGCUCACGUCUAAAGAGAUUCCCAGAAGUGUUGAGAAUGAUGGAGAAUAUAAGAGAGGUUUACCUGGAUCAUACUAAUAUAGAUGAACUGCCAUUUUCGAUUGGAAAUUUUGUUGGGCUUCGACAAUUGUUCUUGAGGGAUUGCCAAAGGCUGAACCAGCUACCAAGUACUAUUCAUAUAUUGCCACAACUUGAGAUAUUUACGGCUUAUGGUUGUGGUUGUAGGGGAUAUAGAUUUAGAUUACCUGAAGAAGAAGUGGAAAAAGUGGCCAUGUGGCUUGAGAUUUCGAAUUUAUGCUUUCUAGGGACUUUUAUAGGCAGGUAAACUGGUAAAAUCAUCGAUGGGUUUUUUUCUUCCGAUUCCAAAAAAAUUGUAAGUGUUCAAAAAACAAAUCUCCUUUAAAAUUUUAACAUCUACUAAGAUUGGAUAUCUAAAACUGUUGUACAUCAUCGGCCUCAAUUUGGAUGAGCUUGUAUACCUAAAUCUAUCUAUACUUGUGUUUUUGCUUAUUUGGAUGAGCUUUAAGUUGACUUUAAUAGUUCAAUGUUUCCAAGGUCAGUAAAAAAUCACAAAUAGGUUCCAGAUUAUCAUAACUAAUAAGGUCCUGACGCCUGGCUCAGUGAAUACAACGAAAAUGAAGCAUAAUAAUCCAAUACGACAUUCUACGAACUACAUAUCAACUUGCAAAACAAAGCAUACAUACAUGAGGUGCAAGAAUGUACAACAAUAAAAUAAAUGAUAAGAAAUGCAUUAAAAAAAAAUAGG